CGGAAGUGUGUGUGUGUGUUCAGUAAACGUAACGUUCUGCUAGCUUCACGAACCACUACGCAAACUCUGCAGCCAAUUGUCGCUUAAUUUUGCAAACCUCUGAGGUGCAACAGUUUCAGCCGUCAAGAUGUUUAACAGAAUGACAAGUUUAUGGAUGGGUGAUUUAGACCCAUACAUGGAUGAAAACUUCAUUAAGCAAGCUUUCAGCACUAUGGGAGAGACUGCCUACGGUGUCAAAAUAAUUACACAUCGAGUUACCGGAGGCUCGGCUGGAUACUGUUUUGUAGAGCUAGCAGAUGAGGCCGGUGUUGACCGUUGUGUGCAGAGGCUUAAUGGGAAGCUGGUUCCAGGAUCGAAUCCGCCCAGGAAAUUCAAGCUAAACUAUGCAACAUAUGGGAAAAGGCCAGAGCCUGGCCCAGAAUUUUCGGUCUUUGUUGGAGAUCUCACAUCAGAAGUGGAUGACUACCAGCUUCAUCAGUUCUUUCUGAAAAAAUUUCCUUCAUGCAAAGGAGCCAAAGUUGUCACUGAUCCCUAUGGGAACUCCAGGGGUUAUGGCUUCGUGAAGUUUAGCGACGAGAAUGAACAGAAGAAAGCCCUCGAGGAGUUUCAGAAUGCAUCAGGCCUGGGAGGAAAACCCAUCAGGAUAAGCAUUGCUGUCAACAAAGGCAAUAAACCAAGCAGUUACCACAACCAGAAUAACAGCUACAACACCAACUAUCAACAGCAGUACUAUCAACAGCCUUACAACAAUUACUAUCCACAGUGGGGUUAUGAUCAGUACAGCGGUUAUAACUACGGCUACAACCCAUAUGCUACCCCUCCUCCAGUUCCACACGGGAUGAUGGGACCACCCCCACCCAUGGGGAUGCCCCCCAUGCCCUUUGACAUGCAGGGAUCCACAGAGCAGUCACAUGAUGGCACAGAGAAUGCUGAGGAGGACCCUGCUGAAGACCCAAACCCACAGGUGGAUGUGGAGGCAUUAAAUAAGCAAUUCAUGGAGCGCAGUGAGGAGCUCUACGAUUCGCUCAUGGAUUGCCUCUGGCAGCCAUUGGACAGUGUCACAUCUGAAAUUCCUAUGAUGAACGGUUCGUGACUGUCUGAACCAACCACCGUUCGGGAUUAUUGUACUUUGUGAAGGAACAUGCCUUUUUAUAUUGCUCUGAGCGAGUUUUUCAGAGAUUGUUUUUCUCCUUUUCAGCCUUUUAUUUGGAGCUUCAUUCGAGCAGGCAAGACGUUUUCUUCAUGUGUCACCUUU